AGCCACGCCCAGGGAAGUCACUGUCCUCACCUUUUAGGAGCCCGCGCCUUGGUUCCAGCGGACGCGUCCCCUGAUCGCGGCUCUACCACCAUCCACUGCCGUCUUACCGCCCACCAUGGCCCUCCUGCACUCCAGCCGCGUCCUCUCCGGGAUGGCUGCUGCCCUUCACCCAGGCCUUGCAGCUGCAGCCUCUGCCAGAGCCAGCUCCUGGUGGACCCAUGUUGAAAUGGGACCUCCAGAUCCCAUCCUGGGAGUUACCGAAGCCUUCAAGAGAGAUACCAACAGCAAGAAGAUGAACCUGGGAGUUGGUGCCUACCGGGAUGAUAACGGAAAGCCUUACGUGCUCCCCAGUGUCCGGAAGGCAGAGGCCCAGAUUGCUGCAAAAAAUUUGGACAAAGAGUACCUGCCCAUUGGGGGACUGGCUGAAUUUUGUAAGGCUUCUGCAGAGCUGGCCCUGGGUGAGAACAACGAAGUGUUGAAGAGCGGCCGGUUCGUCACUGUGCAGACCAUUUCCGGGACUGGAGCCUUAAGGGUUGGAGCCAGUUUUCUGCAAAGAUUUUUUAAGUUCAGCCGAGAUGUCUUUCUGCCCAAACCAUCCUGGGGAAAUCACACACCCAUCUUCCGGGAUGCCGGCAUGCAGCUCCAAGGUUAUCGAUACUAUGACCCCAAGACUUGCGGCUUUGAUUUCUCCGGAGCCAUAGAAGACAUCUCAAAAAUCCCAGAGCAGAGUGUUCUCCUCCUGCAUGCCUGCGCUCACAACCCCACAGGCGUGGACCCGCGUCCAGAGCAGUGGAAGGAAAUGGCAUCCGUGGUGAAGAAAAAGAAUCUCUUCGCAUUCUUUGACAUGGCCUACCAAGGCUUUGCCAGCGGUGAUGGGGACAAGGAUGCCUGGGCCGUGCGGCACUUCAUCGAGCAGGGCAUCAAUGUCUGCCUCUGCCAAUCGUAUGCCAAGAACAUGGGCCUAUACGGUGAGCGUGUGGGAGCCUUCACAAUGGUCUGCAAAGAUGCAGAAGAAGCCAAAAGGGUGGAGUCACAGCUGAAAAUCCUGAUCCGUCCCUUGUAUUCCAACCCACCUCUCAAUGGGGCCCGGAUUGCCGCCACCAUCCUGACUUCUCCAGACUUGCGGAAGCAAUGGUUGCAAGAGGUGAAAGGCAUGGCUGACCGCAUCAUCAGCAUGAGGACCCAGUUGGUCUCCAACCUGAAGAAAGAGGGCUCUUCCCACAACUGGCAGCACAUCACCGACCAGAUUGGCAUGUUCUGUUUCACCGGCCUGAAGCCUGAGCAGGUGGAGCGGCUGACCAAGGAGUUCUCUGUCUACAUGACAAAGGAUGGCCGAAUCUCUGUGGCAGGGGUUACCUCUGGCAAUGUGGGCUACCUCGCCCACGCCAUUCACCAGGUCACCAAGUAAUUACAGAUUCGAAGGAACAGAGACCACUUUCCCUUCAGCCUUUGCUCUUGUGAGAGUCACGUGCAGGGUGAGGGAGGGUGGAUGGUGGUGAGAGUAGAUCCUGUUUUCAACCACGGUGCAUAACGCUCAACGACUGAACGCAUUCCUCGGAAAGAGGUAGGGCGGAGGCUUCCGCAGCUCGGCUCCUAUCUGGAACUUCGUUGGCUCUAAACCAAACUUUCCCUCAUCCUUCUGUCUCCAGCUUUUCUGAAAGUUUACAUGUGCAAGAAAAUCACAACACCAAAAACCUGUCAGCCAUGGCAUUGGAAUAGGUCAGAAGCUUUACCUGAAGCCUCAGGCGGUAUCAGGGGCUCCCCCGUGGACCCCGGUAGAGCCUCUCAUAUUAGAGGCUGUAAAAGAAAAAUAACUAGUUCUGUCAUUAACAGUUGUUCUCAAGUUUUUCCUCCCGGUGUAGAGCAACCGUGUCAGCAGACCACAUUACAGAAAUUAUGCUUUACAAAAACCAACAGGUCUGUUGCCACUUCAACAGGGACAGUAGAAGAUGUGAUGUCUUGUCCCCCCUGCCCCUUCUUGUCAUCGGUGUUCUAUAGAGUCUAGGGUUCCAUCACGUUCUACUGCUGGGUUGACCGUCAACCUCAUCCUAUCGGGAGUUAUCUGAGAAUGGAGAACGUAGUUUUUCUGCUCAUGCCGUAGCCUCCUGUCUCAGCAAAGAGCCGUGGAGAGUGGGACCCUGCCCUUGAUUUCAGUGUCCUCUUCAGUGAUUGGUUGGCUCCUACUGGGAUGGGGCCUCUGCCCAGCUGGACCUCUUCAUUCAUCCUGGCUGCACAGCCUGUCUCUUCACAUGAGUCAGACGUGUAGGGUGGGAUCAGGAGAUAUUCUGGGGUUUGUGUGCUGCCAGCCCGGCUCAGACUCCGCCCUUGGGAAAGAUAACCACCAUCUACUCUAAUAAUGUAGACGUACUGCCACCUGGUUUCUCUGUUACAAUAAAAUUACUAUAGGCCCA